UCGAAAAGUCCAAAGCAUCAUUUGAAGUAAUUCUAUUUGUAUUGCUCUUCCUCUCGUUCUUUAUUUUCUUCUUCUUCAUGAGAUAUGGUUUGGCUAUAACUUUGUUGGCCUUUUGUAAUCAUGAGGACCUUGUGUCAUCAUUGCUGUGGAAAAAUAUACUCUCUCCCUCUUCCUCUCUUCUUCCCUAUAAUUAAGUUCUUUCCCCUCCCUAUAAGUUAACCAUUCCUCUUGCACCUUUUUUCUCUGCUCAAAAACUUGAAUACAACCUAUAGUCUAAUUUUAAGACCCUCUAUUUUUUCCUCAUCUUUUGGUCUUCCAUUUUAAUUUUCUUAGUGGAGAUCAAAAUGUGCCAUGAAGCACCAGAUUUAGAGUCACUUCAGCCCUCAUGCUACACUAAUCUCAACAGGCCACAUACAUCUAAAACAACCAAGAUGCAUAUGCUCAGGCUAAGAAGGAACGGUGAGAGAUUGUCAAACGAAGCAAAAGAAAGGGCAAAGCUGAGGAAGUUGAAGAAAAUAAUGAAGAUGAAGAACUUGAAGCUCUACAAAGAGAACAAAACCAUUAUUGAAGAGAAUGAAAGGCUGCGCAAGAAGGCUCUUCUUCUUCAUCAAGAAAACAAAGCCUUGUGCUCUCAGAUUAUUCAACAAGUUUCAAAACUCUAAAUCACAACUAAUUAAUACUAGUAAUUACUAUAAGUUAGCAUCAUAUGAUAGAGCUAAUCAAAGCACUAGCUAAGCUAGAAUACACAUAAUAUCUAUCGAGUUAUUGUAGUCUGGAGUAUGAUAGACCUAUUGGUUAUUUGUAUUUUAUUUUUGUCAUCUUGUAUUCAAUUUCUAAUUAUCACGUGGUGGAAUAAUAAUUUAAAAUGAUGAUUUGAAGGUUUGUUUA